AGAGGGGAGGGAGCUGAGAGAGAGAGGAGAGAGAGAGGGGAGGUUUUGUCGAUUCGCUUCCCCCCACCCCACUCGCUUACGCCGAGCUCGGAGCUCGAAGGAGCCGCAGCCACCGCCGCCGCUUCCUCGCGCCGAGCCCCGCGGUUUUGAGUUGCGCGGCCUCCACUCGGCCCCCCUUGCGCCUGCCGGGACCCGCGGAGCGAGGCGGGCCCCGAACCGAAGGGGAACUUUACCCCCCGGGGGACCUGAGGGGACCGCGGGGACCGCGGAGACCAUGGCGAGGGUGGCCGAGAGCGGCCCCGCGCCGAGCGAGGCGGCGUGGGGAGAGGAGACGCGGGAGCGGAGCCUCCGCGACGUGGCUGGCGAGGCGAGGAGGUGGAUUCAGGAGGUCACAGGUCGAGAGCUGGAGGGAGAGGAUUUCCGCGCUGCCCUGGAGAACGGCGUUGCCCUCUGCGACCUCGUGAACCACAUCAAGCCGGGACUGGUGAAGAGGGUGAACCGACAGCCGACCCCGAUCGCCGGGCUCGACAACGUGAACCAGUUCCUGGACGCGUGCGCUAACCUGGGCCUCAAGCCCGCUCAGCUGUUCCACGCGGGCGACCUGCAGGACACGUCGGAGCGCCUCACCAUCAGUGAAACGGAGACCGACAGACGCCUGAAAAAUGUGCUGAUCACCCUCUACUGGCUGGGUCGGGCGGCGCAGACCUCUCGCGACUACCAGGGCCCUGCGCUGGGCCUGCAGGCCUUCGACGGGGUCCUCUCCGGCAGCGGGGCACACGGCAAGGCGGAGGAGGCGGGCGAGGGGGCCGGUGGGUGGCGCGGCGGGCGUGACAGCGGGUACCUGGAGAGCUGUGACUCGGAGCGCAGCGCCUCGCUCUCUCCGCCCUCGCACGUACGCGACGACUCCCUCGACUCCCUCGACUCCCUCGGCUCCCUCGGCUCCGCCGGCUCCCGGCCGCUCUCUCCCGACGCGCCCAGGGACGGCGGAGAAGGCUACCAGGGCAGCGACGCGGAGAGCGAGGGCGCUGGGCGCCGCCGCGCCUCCGGCCGGGACGACAUGUCGCUGCGCCGCGUCUCCACGGCCGUCGAGCCCAAGACGCCGCCCGCCGCUUUCAACCAGUUCCUGCCAGGGCGCCACCAGGCGUCGGCGCCGGCCACGGGCGCCCUGGUCGUGUCGGCGCACCUCCCGGCUCCGCUGCGGCGCAAGCGCGGGGAGCGCAACGAGGUGGCGCGGCGCAGCUGGGCCAGCAGCCUCGCCCUGCAGGGCCCCGACGACACCGACAGCGUCGGCCGUUCACUGUCCGUCACCAGCGACGGCGGCCUCUACAGGGAGCAAUCGGAGUCCACCGAGGUGGAUCCAGACGGGACCAAGAGCCUGACCAAUGUGGCCGGAGAAGGAGCGACUCGCUCCAGCAUCCUGCUCCACUACGAGGAGCUGCAGAAGAUCCGCGGGGAGGGCAAGGAGCAGGAGGAGCAGUGGCAGGAUGAUCUAGCUCGCUGGAAGAACCGGCGCCGCAGCACCUCGAGCAGCCUCAAACGGCUGAGCACGGCCUCGGAGGCCGAGGGCCCGGCCACCGCCGCCCGAGAGAUCCGUACCUACGCCCAGAUGAUGCACAACAGGGAGGACCGCGCGCGCGACCGCGAGAACGGCUACGGCGAUCAGCUCCACGGCACGGACGACGUCUUCUCCUCUCCGCACGACAACGUCGACAGCAGCGUCCGCUCCUCCUCCUCCGGCAGAGCUCCGUCGAGCGGCCUCUCCGACCCCCCGGCGGCCCUCCGCCCGGUGGCACGAGCCUCUCCCGAGCCGCCGGUCGCCCCUCCGCGCAGAAUCGUCGCGGAGAAGGAAUUGCCGUCGCCGCCGGCGCCGCCCGAUAGCAACGACGACGAUAGCGACGGGGACGCUGCCCCGCCGGGGCCCGUCGGCCCCCCGCGCGCUCCCCUCGCUCGGGGCCCCGAGGUUCCGAGACCCGAGGAACCCGCCCCUCCACGCUCCUUCGCCAACGCCACCGCCGCUACUCCGGGCGUCCUCGCGCCAGAGGACGCCUCCUUUGAGAAGCCUCCGCAUCGCCCGAUCCGCGUUUCGGAGACGAAGAUCGUCCACGAGAGCGGCUCGGCUCCCGCUGCCGUUUUCCCCUCCUCCGCGCCGGGCCCCGUCGCUCCGGCCGACGACGACGGUGGCCGUGCGGCGGAGCCGAGUCCCGCGGCUUCCGUCGGCGCUGGCGCUGCUGCUCGCUGGGGCCCCGCGGCGGGCCCUCAGCCGUGGGGUGCCGGCGUCGCGCAGCGCGUCGUGGGAGUCCGCCCCGGUGUCCAGGGCGUCCGCGUGCUCCCCAGCACCGGCCCGUGCCCCUUCAGCGCCGCGCCCCGCAGCCUCCAGUCCCUACCGAGCACCUACAAGGCGGAGAACCUCUUUAAGGCAGGGUCCUCCGUCGAUGGUCCCGGGGUCACGGGGUCGCUGUCUCACUCGGACUCACGAGGGGACGCCCAGGAUCGGUGGGGGAGCAGCGAGGAGCUCAGCGACACGGAGUCGGAGAGGGCGGCGCAGGCCUCCGUUCGCCCCCCCACCAAGGCGCCCCCCGCGGAGAUCGAGCCGCUGGUGCAGCUCGCGCAGACGCCGCACCACGCCGUGUUCACCGCCGCUCCCCCCCCUCAGGCCCCGGUUUCCACGUCCCUCUGGGACGACGGGUGUGUGGAGAAAGAUCCGCAGGGAGAAGCGGGGAGCAACGGUGGCUCCAGUCUCGACUUCGUGUCCAUUAGCCGCAAGAACCAAAUGAGACGCUCCCAAUUUUUCGGACUCCCAGUGGAGAGCGCCGAGCUGCCCCCGCCGCUGCAGCCGGUCCCACUGUGGAGCCAGACGCCGCCCGUCCCCGCCCCGCGCGCCCGCACCAUUGAGCCGAGCCCCGAGGAUCUGAGGCUGGCUGCCAUGGAGACCGAGCGCAGGCGGCAGGAAGAGGAGCGCAUUCGGAAGAGAGAGCAGGAGGAGCGCAAGCGCGAGGAGGAGGAGCGCAAGCGGGAGGAGGAGGAGGAGCACAGGCAGAAGAGAGAGCAGGAGGAGCGCGGGUGGCAGGGGGAGGAGGAGCACAGGCAGGGGGAAGAGGAGGAGGAUGAUGAUGAUGAGGAAGAGCGUAGGCAGGAGGAGGAAGCACGCAGGCAGCAGCAGGUAAAUGAGGAGGAGCGAAGGCGACAGGAGGAGGAGCUGAGGAAGCGCCAAUUGGAGCAGGGUCGGCUCCGUCUGGAGCAGGAACAGGAGCAACGCCGCCAGCGAGCGAUCGAGGAGGCGCGCAGACGAGCGGCGGCGGCCGAGGAGGAGGAAAGCAGGAAGCAGGAGGAGGAGAAGAAGGCGGCGGCGAGGAAGAGACGAGAGGAGGAGCAGAAGGAGGAGAAGAAGGCGGAGAUGGAGAAGGAGCGGCGACGGCAGGAGGAGCAGGCCGCCGUCACGGCGACCGCCGGCGCCAGGGGUUCGGCUCGCGCGUGGACGCGGGUCCACACGGAGAGCGACGCGGGGCCCCAGCACAAGCCCGUGAGUGUGCAGCGCGCCACGGGGAACAUGGCGCAGAAACUGCUGGAGGAAGCGAACACCCAGAGGCUGUCUGCGCUGGCGGCCUCGGGGGCGAGGCCUGGGCCCGGGCCGGCGGCAGCGCCGCCCGACCCGGCCGUCCUGGACGAGGAGAGGAGGCAGAUCGUGCAGCAGAUGAAAUACCCCAACCCGGCGGCGCGAGCGCGAGGAAGCCUCGUCUUCAAGGAGCCGGCGCUGGUGCGGGAGGAGGCGCGCACUGCCUCGCAGGCGGAGAAGGAGCGCCAGCGCAUUCUGCAAGAGCUCAAGAAGCCGGCCGUGGUGACGUCGGACGCCAGCUGGAUUCGCAACCGCGGCAAGCGCGGCGCCGCGGUCGGGGGGGCGGCGGUGCCGGCCCCCCGCCACGCCGAUGACGAGUGGAAGAGGAGCUCGGGGGUCGAGUUCCGUGCCAAGCGCUCGUCGACGCUGGGCGGCGACCGCAGCUGGAUCCGGCACUCGCUGGCGAUGGGCGAGAUGGAGCACGAUCGCGCGAGCGCCAUCGCCAGCGAGCUGAGCCACGUGCGCCGGCAGUGCGACGACAUGGGGCUGCGGCCUACGGACAUGACGGACGGCCCGGGCUCGUGGAACCGUUCAUCUCCGGUGUCGCCAGAGCCCGCACCUGACAGGCCGGCGAGCGGCAAGAAGCAGUGCUGGGGCUGCCAGAGCUCGGUGGGAAAGGGGGCGGCCAUGUUCAUCGAGUCCCUCAACGUCUACUUCCACCUCGAGUGCUUCAAGUGCGGGGUGUGCGGAGGUGGUUUGACCACCAUGGGCUCCGGAGUCGACGUGAGACUCCGCUCUGGACGCCUCCACUGCCACGAGUGCUUCACGCGUGCCGACAAUGGACUUCAGCCGCAAGCGUAGAGUCCAUGGAAGAGCGCGUCGACGCCACGUGACCCCGUUGGUCCCCCCCCCCCCCCCUCAACGAACGUGGUGGCGGCCAUUCUGAAUCCGCGACGUGCCAAGCGCGCCGAGGGGCCGGGGCGACUCGUCAGCAGCGCGCGAUACGCUUUACGUGACUCGACGUGUAACGUGAUUCGUCAGCGUUGUGCGGGAGGGGUGAGGUCCGGGUUUGAGUUCAGGCCAGUGCAGGUGGCUGCUGCUCAUGGCCCUCUCCGUCGGGUCUCCCUCGGGAGAGGGCGAAAGGGGUGAGCUUUACGUCGCCUUGGGUGGAGGGUGAACACGUUACGCACCGGGGUAUUUUUUUUGGUUUUGUUCGCAUUUGGCCAGUGUGUUUAAAUAUUUAGUCUCGCGGACAAACAUGUACUGUACACACACACACAUACACGACACGCACACACAAUGUAACCGCCGUGCCUUAAAGAUUGUCUCCGCAGCCGUGCCGGCUUGGGUUGGCUUGUGGACCCUGCUUCACUUUAAAAUAAAGGUUGUUUUUUGCACAGAA